AUGAAGCGCAAACACGAGACCGACAACGGCGCAACGGCCGACGACGACGACGCCGACAACAACACGGAUGUGCGGCCAGCGAAGCGCACGAGGACAAGGGGUUCGGGCGACCGUCUCUCGCGGUUGUCGGACGAGCUGCUUGUGCGCAUCCUGGGCUACCUGACGCUGUCGGGGCUGCUGGCAGUGGCGCCGGUGUCGCGGCGGUUUCUCCGGCUGGCCGACGACUCGCAGCUGUGGAGGGCGCUCUACUAUGUGCGCUUCGUACUGCCGCGAGCGUUGCGUGUCCGGGGAGUCCGGGGUGGUGGACGGGAGUCGACUGCAGGCCCGAUAGGCCGACUGCAAGCAAGACCACAGACAAGGCCACAGCCAAGGCCGACGGACUGGAAGCGACAGUACAAGCUACGUCACAAUUGGGAUCGCGGACAGUGUGCCGUGGAGGAGCUGCAACUAGGCAGCGAGAUGGGGGGCAGGGUCGCAGACGAGGACGAUGAAGAGGAGCGGCCGAGGAUGCUCGUCAAAGUGGUUGACGGCAUUGCCGUCACAGCCGACAGCCGACGAGGAUUGCAGGUGUGGGAGCUGAAGACGAGGAGUCUGCUCGUGGCCGCGCUGUUGGACGGAAUUGCCACAGACUGUCCUGACAGCUUCAGUCUUGGCCCUGAUUUGAACUCUGCUGCUUCUGCUACUCCUCCAUGCACUCCUCCCAUCGCCUCCUCCCCAACCCCCACCGCUCUCUCCGUCAACGCUUCCCCUGGCGGCCUCGACAUCGCCGUUGGCCGUCUCGACGGCGGCUUCGACAUCUGGCGCCUCAAUCUGGCUGUUCGCGCCCUCCAUCGUCGCUUCGUCCAUGCCGCCUCCAGCAGCGGGUCCCUCGUCGCUAUCGCCUACGCUCACCCGCUCGUCCUCACGGCCACGCAGUCCGUCCUGGUCUCACUAUACGCAUGGCCUGCCUCUACGGCAACUACCUCCUCUUCCUCCAGCCUCCUCCCUCCUCCCACCCUCAUCAACUCCUUGCGCUCUCACACGUCCACCCCCCCUUUGGCCCUUUCUAUCCGCCGCCUGCCCGCCGUCACCAUCGCCUCUAUCGCCUACACAUUCUCCACCCGCCAGGGCUGGGCCAUCGGCCUCCAAGACCUCCACGUCCAGAGUCCUGACGCCUCUGCCGGCUACAAUAGCAACAGCCACGACAGUCUUCCCCGUGUCGUCACCACCCGUCUGGCCUUUUCUUCCCCCACCGCUGGCAGCCGCCGGUCCUCUCCUCCGUCAGCCAAUCCGACUGCCUUCCACUCCUCCUACCCCUCCACAUCCUCCGUCCCCUCCACCUCUUCCCCUCUCCCCUCGUUACCCAUCGACGACGGCCCAACUAGGCUCUGCUACUCCCACCCCUACCUCCUCGCCACCCUGCCCGACAACACGCUCGUCCUCCACCUCUGCACCUCCAGCGCCUCCUCACUCGCCGUCUCACCCGGCUUCCGCCUCUGGGGCCACACCUCCGGCAUCAGCGACGCCGAGAUCACCGCCCGCGGAAAGGCCGUCAGCGUCAGCGUCCGUGGCGAUGAGAUGCGCGUCUGGGAACUCGAGGGUCGUCCUGCCGCCGAGCGUGGUCGCAGCGUCGCCAUCCGCCCCCCUGCCGUUUCCUACGACUGGCAUGACCGCCGCAACUGGGUAGGUUUCGACGACGAGAUGGUCAUUGUCCUCAAAGAGUCACGUGGCGGCCGCGAGAGCCUCAUGGUUUAUGAUUUCACGUGA